AUGGUAGAGUUACAGGACUACAGUGCGGGAGCGAUCUCUGAUACCAGCGGACUUACGCGUAGAGAUAGAGCUGCUCGCGAUGCCACGUCGACUUCAAACGACUCAUCGAAAAAGCUGCAACCUAUAGCUGUUCAGACCCAGGGGUCUAGCAGCGAUGUCCACCUCCCACUAACACAGAUACGUCUCAAGAGCCACGAAUGGUUCGGGGAUUUUAUUACCAAGCACGAAGUGCCCAGAAAGACUCUUCAUUCGUCCAUCGGGUUUAUCACGUUAUAUCUCUACACUACGGGGGCCGACUACCGGAAUGUGAAGUACCCUUUGAUAGCAGCAUUCGUGACAUUACUGACGCUGGAUUUGAUCCGUCUGAGAUGGCAACCGUUCAACAAACUUUACUGCAAAGUUGUCGGGGCGCUGAUGCGCAAACGUGAGAUCCACACCUACAACGGGGUUCUGUGGUAUCUUUUGGGUCUGAUCUUUGCGUUCAGCUUCUUCCCCAAGGACGUGGCACUCAUCUCGCUAUUCUUGUUGAGCUGGAGCGACACGGCAGCCUCCACAUUCGGACGUAAGUUCGGCCACCUGACGCCCAAGCUUGCCCGGAAUAAGUCCUUGGCGGGCUCUAUCGCUGCGUUUAUCGUUGGAGUUUCCGUUUGCUAUGGAUUUUACGGCGUCUUCGUACCCCACUAUGCGUACGUGAACUCUCCGGGCAAAAUAAGCUGGUCUCCCGAGACCAGCAAAUUGACGCUUGCCCAGUUUUCGCUUUUAGGUGGAGUUUUGGCGGCCUUCAGCGAGGGCAUCGAUCUCUUUAACUGGGACGACAAUUUUACCAUUCCUGCAUUAUCUGCUAUAUUCAUGAAUACGGCCAUUCAUGUGACGAAGAAGGCCGCUUUAACUUAA